AAAAACAAAACGGGGCGGGGCGAGGGAACAAACAUGGCGGCGCCCAAGAAAGCGGGGGUCGUGUUGAAGACUGUGAUGAAAAUGUCGAUUUGUUUUUGUCCUUUUGAGUCUAAUGCUCGUUCUACACGGGAGUUUCUAUACUUGGUGGGCUCAGAAAAAGUCAGGAUGACCAACACAAAGUGUGAAGUGAUCACCACGGUGAAACAUGACCGCUCUGAGCCUGUAGUGGACGUUAUGUACCAAGACGGAGAGAGGCUGGUGAUGAAGGGAGCAUAUCUGACCUGCAAAGAGAUGUUUAGCGCUUUUCAGUCCCGCUGCAUCAGCAAGGACCCACGGGUGAAAGAGGAAGCAAACAAAUAACCUUCAUGUUGAAUGUAGUUGUAUUUAUCUGUAUAUUUUCAUUGACGUUGAUAAUAAAACAUUGAACUGA